UUUCAAUGGGAUGUUGGUGAACUUGUACUUGUGACGGUUUCAUGAAACACUGCUCGACAUGUAACUUGCUAAUCAAUCCCCUCCGCUAUCAUCACUGCAAGUUGCAAACACUCAUGCAGUAGCUCUUGGUCUAACGUACGUAUUUAGAGUCGACGAUCGAAAUUAAGUUUCGUAGUUCGUAUUCGAAAACUAUGACAGCUCAGUACAAGAAACUGGAGAAGGGUCAUGACCUGGAGAGUGGACAGGCAUUCUUAGAUGACUCAGAUACAGACCAAAUCUUUAAUAAGGUACCACAAGCUCAGGGUAUUGGGCAGGCACGGUAUGGCCAGCAACCGGAUGACCAUCUUCUAUUUGCUAUCCUCACGGCUGUAUUCUGCAGUACAGUGUUUGGCAUUGCAGCCAUUGCGAAAUCUGUUGAUGUUCGUAAUAAAUGGCUAGUUGGUGAUGUCGUAGGAGCUACCCAGUCUUCAAGGGCUGCUAAGCGAUUUUCUGUAUGCAGUCUGGUAUGUGGGGUGCUCUUCUUCUUGACUUCUCUUGGUCUCCUUGUGGCUUUCUACACGUUCACCAUGUCUGCUAUGGAGGAGAUUGAUCACCUGGGACAACCCGGUAACAUGGACCAACUCCAGCAGCUGCAGCAGUUACAGAACCAGCAGCAAACACAACUUCGCUAGCUCAAUAUUGGACAACGCGUCUAACAACCUUUCACCUUGUACCUGUUAAUUCAGUAACUUGACCAACACAUCUCCUAUUCCCUUCUCAAUGCGGGACUGCACUGCUUGCGCACUCUGUAAACAAUUAAUGCCUCAGCGGUGCCCGUUGGUCCCCAUGAUUCCCUUAUUCUUAUGUUAAUUGAGAGCUGAUUUGAUGAGAUAACCACCUGUCAGUGACCUUGCAGGGAGGUCUUAUCCCUCCUGGCUAAACUAGGGAAACAAUGGAAUUUCGUGUAUUCGAGAUAGCUCUUUGUUAUAAGCUACGGAAAUGUGAAGCGUAAAUUAUACUUAAUUUACAUCAUAUAAGUAAAAAGCCCGCAAAGAUUGUGCCGCAUGAUGUCUGAACGAGCGUUUAUUAAUUGUCCAAGCUGUGAAUAUAGCUGGCAACCAUGAUAGUCAUGUAUAGAAUGAGUAGCGCCCUCAUAGAAAUAGAACCAAAAAUAGAGUCGGAUAAGCUUGAACAAAGAGCCCCCCCCCCCCCCCCCCCAAAAAAAAAAAAAAAAAAAAAAAAAAUCAACUUUAUUAAAAACGAUACUUUAACAUUUUGGUUUGUACUCUGGAGAAAAGGAAAAAAACAAACAUUUUUGUUUACUAAUGUAUAUAUGCAUGUACACAUAUCUGAAUUGUUUUCUCUUUAACAAUGGACUUGUUAUUCAUUUUGGAGUGUUAUUUUCAUUCUCACGCAGUUUUUUAUCUUGGUAUUUACCAUGGUCUUUCUUAUCUAAUAUAAUCUUUGUAAUGAGUGUUCUAGAGAUGGACAAAGACUCUUGGAUUACGCUUGAACAAAACAUCUUUUUAUGAAUAUUAAUAUAAGUUUGUCAUAGUUUUUUGAUACUCAGAAUCAAAAUGUAACACGAUCGCAAAAACUUUCGAAAAAAGCAACCCAAGGCUAUUUCAAAAGCCUUGUGGAUUACCCUAAUAAAAUUUGAGAACAUGAAAACGAGUAUUACGUAAUCCGAACGUGGUUUCUCUGCACAACGGGCUUUGGAAAUUACCCUCGAAUUAAUAUUGUUGUUAAUAUACCGUGUGAGCCAAACAAAAGUUUUUACUCGGAAAAUUGUAAUUUAUUUUAAAAGUCAGCUAUUAGCGAAAUGUUAUCAUACAUGUUUUGAAAGAGUGUUAUAUCCCCAAUCGUUUGGUACCAUUUGUGUGUGGUAUAUGUUCACAUUAAAUAAAUAAAAAUAGAAAAAUAAAUAAUAGUGUGACUGAUAGUGACUGUGUACGUGUUUUGAUAUGGGCGGCAUGAUAAUUUUUUAGGUAUGUUAUUUGGAUCUGCAACGACCGAAUUAAUACCCACAUCCCAAUUGUUUUAUUCAAACAUCACAUAGGCAAGUCGAUUUGUUCACUCAAGCGUGACCACAUACCACAUAAAAAGGAUUUCAAAUGAUUUGUGAUAGUACAGUCUUUCAUAAGAUGUAGAAUAAUUUACUUUUCAUAAAUUAAUUUUUUUAAAUAAUUAGCAUUUUUUUAAGUGUUAACUUUGAUUUGAAUCACACUGUAGUUGCGAUCGUUUCAUGAUUACAUUUUCAAUUGUGUGAAUAAAGGUUGAUAGUUGCUUACAUAAUGAUUGA